UGCACCAUCCGAUAUCAAAUCGAAAGCAAAGUGAAUGAGGAAAUAAAGAAAUCCCACCAGAACCGACAUAUUGUCCUGUGUUGCAGCCGUCGGAGUGUAUUUGAACCCCUCCAGCGGAUAUAUCUGUAAUAAUAUAGUCGUAAAAAAGUUUUAGUCAUGUCAAAGGCAGCGACUCUGAAAAUAAGCGGCGCAAAUGCGGGGAAGGUGGACAGCUUCCGCCAGGCUCUGUAUCAGCAGGCAGAAAAUCUCUUCUCUAAUUUCAUCCCUCUGAAGAUUAUACAGCUGGACUCUCUGCUCAAGGAUGACGCUCUCAGCAUCACGGACACAACUUCCCUCAAGGCUCCUCUGGACAUCCCCAUACCGGACCCUCCCUCCCCUGAGGACGAGGAAAUGGAGACCGACAAAAACGAAGACGAUGAGAAGAAGAAGAAGAAGCCUCCCAAAUGUGGCUUCAUCAAGGGGAACGAGAAGAUCAUGAUGGUCCUGGACAGGGUGAAACCCGAGAUAGUCGCUCUUAGGGAGACCAUCAUCACGGUCAGCUGCUGGAUUCAGCACCUCAUUCCCAAGAUAGAGGAUGGAAAUGAUUUCGGAGUCGCCAUCCAGGAGAAAAUCUUGGAGCGAAUCGCUGCAGUGAGAACCAAAGUUGAUGGUUUUCAGACCAACAUCAACAAGUACUUCACAGAGAGGGGAGAUGCUGUGGCUAAAGCUUCCAAAGACACUCAUGUGAUGGACUACCGCUCACUCGUCCACGAGAAGGACCAGGCCAUCUACUCGGAGAUCAGAGUGAUUGUCCUUGACAUCCGUGGCUUCUACGCCGAGCUCUAUGACAUCAUCAGCAAAAACCUGGAGAAGGUGACCAACCCUAAAGGAGAGGAGAAGUCCUCCAUGUACUGAAGCUUCAGGGUAAGGGGAGAACCACUGGGACGGAUUCAAGCAACCUUCAGCUCCAUCGAUCACCCGCUAAACUCAGUAUCAAUCACAUAUCCGGCUCUCUCAGUUCAGCAAACAUUGAAUAAGUGGAUGGUGGUUUUAGUUCUGCUGUUUCAUGGUAACACUUUGGUUUUGUACCAAAAUUUGCACUAAAUUUGAAAUUGUAAUAAAGCAUGAAUAAAGGAAAGUGUUUUUCA